AUGAAGAUACCAGUCAAUGUCAACCAAGAUAAGAUGAAUACAAUGGCUAAGAAGAUGAAGGAGGAGAGUCGAGUAGAGAAGAGGGGAACGGACCACGGCCGGCAAUCGGAUGGAUAG